AUGCCUAGUUGCCUGGAGUAUAUCAUCAAUGAAACAGCAAAGGAGGAUAUCCUAGCGACAUUGAUUGGAACAAUACAUAAAACAGACAAGGAUCGGCUGAUUUCAGGCCUUGUGGGAUUUUUUAUUGGAGGCACAGCAUUCAUCCUUAAUGUCUUUGUCUUCAUAACUCUCAUCUUUAGCAAGGAAUUGAGACAAAACACGCACCUCAAUCUAGUCCUUUGUCUGUCUAUUAAGGAUAUGGUUCUUGGAAUAAGUGUGUUUGUUGGUGGACUUCGCCUUUUUACUCAAAAAUUGGCUGACUCCUAUUUUCCAUGUGUUCUCACUAGUGUGCUUUUUAUCAGUGGUAUUACGCUUUCGUUUUGCCAAACAUUCCUCAUCAGUUUUCAUCGAUUUCUGAAAAUAUCUGGUACAGGUCUGGAUAAAAAAUUGCUGCAGAACAAUAGGAAAUAUGUAGUCUAUAUCCUUUUCUGGAUUGUUGUCCUUGGCUUCAACAUAUCUAUGGUUCAGUUCCGCCAUGUUGCAGAUAAACUACUCUUCUGCAAAUUUAAGUGCGUUUUUGGUGCUCGCUAUCCAGUUAUGAUAAUUUAUUUCCAAUCUACAGCUAUAAUACUAUUGUCAUUGACAAUUUUAUUUUAUGUUUUAACAAUUGGCCAGAUGCGUCAACGAUACAAAAGAACAUUUGCUUGGCAAGCUAAACAGAAUGCAACGUCAUCAAUUUUUACUGACAAGGUAGUAACCGUAUCUAACUCUGGAUGUAAUCAGUUGAUAAAUCAAAUGAAUAAGAAACUGUUUGGAUCGAUGAAGUUAAUCGGAUUUAUUAUUGCUGCACUUCUUUUUUGUUCUGGCCCGAUGGUUUUUGUAUCCUUCUUUGAUCAUGGAACACAGAAACAUUUGUUCAUUGCUGCUAUACUCUCUUGUUUGAAUUCUGUUGUGAACCCCUUCAUAUAUGCUUUCAAUAUGGAAAAUCUUAGGAGAGAGUGGAAAAUUAUCUGGCAUAUGAUUCAAAAUUUAUAA